AUGACCCUUCUGCCCCCCAUGCCCACUUACUCCCCCCAAUCCCGCGUGGGAAGGAGAGGGGCCACAGUGCUGCCGUCCGGCCGAAAGGAGACGGACCCACCCCGAGCGGCCGCAGCCCAGCCUUCUGGCCUGACCAGCGCCGCGCCCCUCGCAGUGAUGGCCCAAACGCUGGCGGAGUCGCUGGCGGGCAUCGGCGAGCAGGACGGGCGACUGGCCGACUGGAGCGAGGCGGCAGGAGUCAGCCGCGGGGCCCACGCCCCUCAGGCCUCGACAUCGCGAGACGCCGGCGAUGAGGGCUUGAGAUUGCAUGUGUCGGGCAGAGCUUUUGAUGCAGGCUACACUUCAAGGGUUGACUGUGCCUCAGGCCCAACUGGCUGCUUGCGAUGGCCCUCACAAGGAGGCCUCUACAGCACCGCUGAGGGUGAAGGAACUUCUGCCAUGGAAAGGUUCGAUACUGGGGGACUAGAAAGUUCCUUUUGGUCACAACCUGACCCUGAUCCUGAAGAUGGUGCCCCCGGUCCCAGCCUCAUGGACGAUGUAGGUGACGAGUUGGUGAGAAUCAAGGCUCAUGCGCUGGUGGCGGACCACGGGAUCCCUGGUCUGCUACCCAUCCAGCCUGACACGCUCACUGAGGUGCCCCUCUGGCUGGCCAUCCGCCUUGCCGCCUGUGACCGCUGCGAACUACUGCUGCCGCAAUGGAUGCAGCGUGGCACCUUGCAGGACGUGCUGCUCAAGGAGGCCAGCAGCGAGGCUUUCGUGCCAGGGCUGCCCUUCUACUAUUACGAAUUCUUCAGGCUUCUUUGGGCCAAAGUGCGCCAUGUAUUUGUGGAAGGCAGCCAGCUGCUGGGUUUGGUGGAGCAGAUUCAUACACAGCGGCUGGUGAAGGCAGACAGGCUGGUGGCCAAGGUGGGGCUGGACGUGGCAGAAUUUUGUAACCUUGGGCAUGCUGAGCUGAGGAAGGUGAGGCCGGUGGUGCAAGCAAUAAUGGAGGCCAGGAGUCUUCUGUCUGAAGGGUAA